GCAAUUAAAGUGUUCCAACACGGUUUCUUGACGAGCACAUGCAGUUUGUACUACAUUAAUUAUAAUCUUUCUCAACCGUUCCAAGCUUUCUGUAAUACAAUCAACUUGUGCAUUAUCACUUGAUCAAGGCAUUGCUAUAUAUAAUCUUCUUACUUUGGCUUCAAUUUCUCAUCAAUACUCAUAUAAUCAAAUAAUUAUUACUACAAAGAUGGCUUGUACCAAAGUUUUCGUAUUUUUAGUCCUUGGUGUCCUAGUAUGCACUACUAGUGCUAGGAUGCUAGUGAGCACCUCGAAUGAGUUCGAGGAUGAGAAACUCUUUGGCCACGGUGGAGGCCUAGGUGGAGGUGGUGGAUAUGGUGGCGGAGCUGGUGGUGGUCUUGGAGGUGGUGCAGGUGCUGGAGGAGGUGCUGGCUAUGGAGGUGGUGCUGGAGCUGGAGGAGGAGCAGGUGGUGGUCUUGGAGGUGGAGGCGGUGGAGGACUUGGUGGUGGUGGAGGUGGAGGAUUAGGUGGUGGUGGUGGUGCCGGUGGAGGUGCCGGUGGUGGUGCUGGGUAUGGCGGUGGAGCUGGAGCUGGAGCUGGUGGUGGACUAGGUGGAGGAGCUGGUGGUGGUAAAGGAUUUGGUGGUGGUGGUGGACUAGGUGGUGGUGGUGGUGCAGGUGGAGGAGUUGGUGGUGGGAAAGGUUUUGGUGGUGGUGCAGGUGGAGGAGCAGGCGGUGGAGCUGGGUAUGGAGCAGGAGGUGGAGCUGGUGCUGGUGGUGGACUAGGUGGAGGAGCUGGUGGUGGUAAAGGGUUUGGUGGUGGUGGAGGGCUUGGUGGUGGUGGAGGAGCCAGUGGCGGUGGUGGCCUUGGUGGUGGUGCUGGUGCUGGAUAUGGUGGAGGUGCUGGUGCUGGAGGUGGUGCUGGUGGUGGAUAUCAUUGAGCACACACUUUUGUAGUUUACAUGCAUACUACAAACCCUAGAUACCAAAUUACGCAUGUUUUAGUAUGGGAGCAAUAGCUUCCAUAAUGGGCUCGAUUUGUACUUGUUUUGCGAUAUUGUGCGGGGAACUCUAAGUUCAUUCUAUACUUUUCAAUUCAUAAUUCCAUAAAUUAAUGAUUGAAGAAUAAUAUUUUCCUUCUUGAUUACUUCA